CCCCUCCCUCCCUCACCUUGGGAGAUGUUGCCGUCUGUGGAUGACAGCAGACCUGCAGGACCGAAGCAAGUGGCCGUGCGAGUCUUUUAGAAAGUAGAUAAGGGAGAAAAAAAGCGUCAUAUCUCGUGAAGUGGGCUACUUUGUUAGCUUUGCUCCUUGGUGUAGUGCUUCAGCGUCGGUUCGGUCAUUUUUAAGCCACGAAGCUUUAGCCAAGAGAGCAAGAAGGCGAAGCUAAGGGUAUUAGUUUCAACUCAAUCCAGAACCGGCUUUUGUUACCCCCUCUCCUCUCCAGUAACAGUAUCGAUAUCACUCGGAUGCAAUGACAGACACAGUUGUGGACAGCAAGACAGAGGUUAAACAGGGCACGAAAUAUGUCAAGGAGACCGAAAACGUUGCGGAAAAAUAUUCCGUGUUGACUGUCAGCAAAAACAGCAGUGAUGUGAAUAUGAACGUUGGAGAAAUGACUUCCGCAGCGUUCACCGCAGUCCCCACACUGAAAUCCGUCAAGAAGAUCCAGUUUGCGAAUGCAGAGGACAAACAGGAAUUCAGCAAGUAUCCGACCAAGGCAGGGCGCCGCUCGCUCUCACGGUCUAUCUCGCAGUCCUCCACAGACAGCUACAGCUCAGCUGCAUCCUACACUGACAGCUCCGAUGAUGAAACUUCUCCCCGGGACAAAGCCCAGGUCAACACCCACGGCAGCAGCGACUUCUGUGUGAAGAACAUCAAACAAGCUGAAUUUGGGCGCCGAGAAAUUGAAAUUGCAGAACAAGACAUGUCUGCCCUGAUCUCCUUGAGGAAGAGAGCCCAGGGGGAGAAGCCACUGGCUGGGGCGAAGAUAGUAGGCUGUACCCAUAUCACUGCUCAGACAGCAGUCCUGAUUGAAACUCUGGUAGCACUCGGGGCCCAGUGUCGCUGGACUGCUUGUAACAUUUACUCCACUCAAAAUGAGGUGGCUGCUGCUCUUGCAGAGACGGGGGUACCUGUGUUUGCAUGGAAGGGUGAAUCAGAGGACGACUUCUGGUGGUGUAUUGAUCGCUGUGUCAACACUGAAGGCUGGCAGGCCAAUAUGAUCCUGGAUGAUGGUGGAGACUUAACCCACUGGGUUUACAAGAAGUAUCCCAGCGUCUUCAAAAAAGCCAGGGGCAUUGUGGAGGAGAGUGUCACUGGUGUUCACAGAUUGUACCAGCUGUCUAAGGCUGGCAAGCUGUGUGUGCCCGCGAUGAACGUGAACGACUCGGUUACCAAGCAGAAAUUCGACAACCUUUACUGCUGCCGUGAAUCUAUCCUCGAUGGCUUGAAGAGAACUACAGAUAUUAUGUUUGGAGGCAAACAAGUGGUUGUGUGUGGGUAUGGAGAGGUGGGGAAAGGCUGCUGCACUGCUCUCAAAGCUCUCGGAGCCAUUGUGUGCAUCACAGAGAUUGACCCCAUCUGUGCCCUGCAAGCAUGCAUGGACGGUUUCCGAGUGGUCAAGCUGAGCGAGGUCAUUCGGCAGAUGGACGUGGUGAUAACUUGCACUGGCAACAAGAAUGUCGUCACCAGAGAACAGCUUGACCGAAUGAAGAAUGGCUGCAUCGUCUGCAAUAUGGGACACUCCAAUACGGAGAUUGAUGUGGCAAGCCUGCGCAGCCCCGAGCUGACCUGGGAGAGGGUUCGCUCUCAGGUCGACCACAUCAUCUGGCCUGAUGGAAAGAGGGUCGUCCUGCUGGCAGAGGGUCGCCUCUUAAAUCUGAGCUGCUCCACAGUGCCGACAUUUGUGUUGUCUAUAACUGCAACAACUCAGGCCCUGGCACUGAUUGAGUUGUUUAAUGCUCCAGAAGGACGUUACAAACAGGAUGUGUAUCUCCUUCCAAAGAAAAUGGACGAGUAUGUGGCCAGUUUGCACCUGCCCAACUUUGAUGCCCACCUGACAGAGCUGACUGACGAGCAGGCCAAAUACAUGGGCCUCAACAAGAAUGGCCCUUUCAAACCUAAUUAUUACCGGUAUUAAUGAGAAUGCCCGAUCCUCAACGCACAGUUACCCUGCAACAAACAGAGAUAUCUAUUUUAUUUUCUAAAUAGCUACAGAAUGGAGGAAUUAUUUUACUUAUGCUGAAUGUAACUUAUUAAAAGCACCUCAGAAGUAGAGUUAAAUGAUAAAAAAGGAAGAGUAAAGUUAUGUAGAAAACAUAUAACCAACUAACAUUUUACAUGUCUUGUCAGGUGUUUAAACAAAAGCCUACUUGCAUGCUUUGAUGUAUGUGCACGUAUUUAGUUGCUUCAGAUUAUGUUACUAGAUCACAGAGUUGCUGAUUUGUUUACCCCAUUUACGCACAGUGCCAAAUGAUGGCCGUAAGAAUGAAACAGAGGAUACCUUUUCGAUUUUGUCUACCGUGACAUUAAGAUUUGCCGGGUACAUUCCAUGAGCCAGAGUUUAGGCUGAGCCAAAACAAACUCUGUGUUACAACUUAGAUUAUUUUAGAAAUGUUUGUUUUUAUAUAUACGUCAAAUAAUCUGUUUCAAUGGUAUCUGCAUACAUGCCCUAAAAGGUAACAUCCAGUCAUCCUUUUUAUUAUAGCAGUGCCGUGAUGAACUGUUGCCUGUUACAUAAACAAAAUGAUGAAGUCUUGUUUAUUCAGAUGAUUAUAAAACGUCUUGUGAUAGAGUAAUGUCGUUUUGCUAAUGACAGAUUAAGAUGUUGUUUUAUGUCUGGGUGUGGAGCAGCUGUAGGCUUUCCUAAAAAGGAAGUUGGAGAAGACUUAGGGAGAGCUGGUAAAACACUUUUUGACUGCUUUAUCUUCCCUCAUUUCAUCCCAAGUUUCCAUUUGCUCAUUUGAAUUCCAGACGCCUCACUGAAGAGUUUUUCUGACUGGAUAGUACCUUUGAGGCCAUGAUAUGAAUGUGCCUUUUAAAUGAUUUAUAACAACAUAAUACUAGCGCUGAGCUUAAUUAUAUGAACCAUUCCUUUUUGUAAAACUGCAUUUAUUAGAAGUACAUUAACUGUCUUCCUUCCACUGCUUCUGGUUGUAAGUAUAACUAUAAUGUAUGAGCUGUGUGUUGGCAAUAUAUAUAUAUAUAUAUUAGACUUUAUGUCAGGCAUAUGAUUGUAGUCGUCUUAAUUUGAUCCAACAAGAUCACUUUAAUAUUUCAUGUGAUCAAAAUGACAUAAGUGUAUACUAUCUAUGUAAAAGAUUGCAUUAAAUCAGCAAUAAAGCGAGUCUUUUUACCAUGACAAACUGAGA